AUGUCUGAUUCUGCAAAAUCCUCACCAACGAUGAAUGAUGGUGGUCCAUUGCUACAACAAAUGGUAAUCGAUGCCAUUCCUCUCAGCACCAUACCUCCUACAAAUUCAACGCGUAAAAGCAAGAAAGGGAAGGUUGAAUCGAGUAAGCCUUUUACAAUGUCUGAGCUUCACAUUGAUCCACUUCCAUCAAGUGGUGUCGCAACGCCUGUCGCUAAUCCUGCAGUUGAGAAUGUGAUCGCACCUGGUAAGACUUCUGUCAAUAUAGGUCUUAAUAUGCCAAAAUCUGUUAAAACCCUAGAUGUAGAGAACCCUGCUAUAUCUGGAAAUUUGGGGAAAAAUACCAAUGAUGAAGUUGCUGCUGAGUCUCUGAAGAAAACAGGUCCUGAGACUCAUGCUGCGUCAAGUGUUGUGACACCUGACGCUGAGCCAAAUUCUGCUGAUGAAGAGAUUGCUGCUGAUAAGGAUGUUAAUGAAAAUCCUGAUGUUAUAAUUGUGAAUGAAACAACUGUUAGUGAUAAGUCUGUUCCUACAAAUUCUGAGGGAUGGAAAAGGUACUGUAAAAAGCCCCUAUAUGGACCUCCAAAACCUGUGAGUAAGGUGGUUCCUAGAACUGAGGAGAAAGGAAAAGCUAAGAAAAGGAAAGCUCCACCAACUAGUGACUCUGAGUUUGAACCAGAGACAGAUAAUGGGUCUGCUAGAUGGAAGUUUGUGUAUCACAGGAGGUUGGCUCUAGAAAGGAAUCUGAAAGAAGAUAUCCUUCAAUGCCAAAGUGUUGUUGAAGCUAUUGAAUAUGCAGCAAGUCCUGAAUAUAGGCAAGUAUUUGUUCGUGGGAAAUGUGUCAAAUUCUCACCAACUGUGGUUAACCAAUAUCUGCAAAGAAAUUCUGAUGAGGUGGCUGAUCUAAAGGUCACAGACAAUGAGAUGAUUGCAGAUCUGACUGAGGCUAGCAGAGCACUUGAGGCCAGAAAACUGAAAAUUGAUCGUGUGAUAGAGGCCCUUAAGGCUGAGGAAGCUGCUGAGACUGCUGAGGGUGAGCCUGAUGGACAAGAAGGUGUGGAAACUAGUGGCUCUGAUGAUAUGGUGGAGGACUCUGAUGAAAGUUCUUCUGUCUGA